CGCAGGUAUCCCGCAUCGUCUCAAACACCCACGCGAUUAGUGCACAUCGACUGGCCGAACAAGAAGAUACGGGUGUUGGAAUCCGUUGGCUCAAACCCUCAAUAUGUCACACUCAGCUACCGAUGGGGUGUUAGCCGGUCCGCGUAUAAGUUGACCGCAGAGACAAAAGUCAAGCUGACUUCAGAGAGCGGCGAAUCCAUGGACCGACUACCUAAGACAAUCCAAGAUGCAUGUUUUGCUUGCUAUCGACUUGGGUAUCGGCAUCUCUGGGUCGACAGGCUUUGCAUAAUGCAGGACUGCAAAGAGGACUGGGCCAGAGAAUCUUCCAAGAUGUCCCAGGUCUAUAGGAACAGCGUUUGCACUAUUUCUGCAAGCUGUGCGGCAGAUGAAGACCGGGGGUUGUUCACAGACCGCAGCCAUUUCAAUUUCCAGCCAUUUCAUAUCAGGAUCAAAACAUCACAAACUGAAUCCCAAGAAUCUCUGGUAAUCAUGCCCGAUAAUCAGCAUGAAGGCCAUCCCAGCGGAAUGCUUGGAUAUCUGGCUAACCGUGGGUGGGUAUUUCAGGAGAGACUUCUCUCGAAACGUACCGUCUAUUUCGGCAAAGAGCAAGUAUUCUGGGAGUGCAGCGAAUUACAAGCCAACGAGUCGUGGCCCUGUGGACAGUCGCGGCCGCUUGGCGAGCUCUACGAACUGGAACUGGGCACACCUUAUCAUCAACAUUAUGUUCCACCGAGAAUGGCCUUCGGGUCAGCGGCAGCAUGGAAGAUAUCAACGAUGUGCAGUAGCAUUUGUGGUAUUCAACGGUUAUUGUUGCAUCUUUUGCACUGGCGAGGGCAAGGACAUGGAGCAAAGAAUUAUCGGAGUACUUCGGCGCGAGUGGCACGAAACGGGGAUCCUUGGCCGAGGAUCGUGGCGGACUACACCGAGCGUAUUUUCACUUUCGAAGACGACAAAUUACCUGGGCUCUCUGGGCUUGCAACCGAUUUCAACAACAAUCACAGAAACAGCCAAGACAAAUACUAUGCCGGAUUAUGGAAGUCUACCAUUAUUCAAGACCUUUGCUGGCAGGUUGUCAGGCAGGGCAGCAAGUACUCCCGUACGCGGCAAACAAAACUCCCUUCGAAGUACAGGGCGCCGUCUUGGUCCUGGGCCAGCGUGGACUCCAAGAUCCAAUAUGAGCGCGGCGUUCAACGAAAGGCGGUAUUCCUAGUGGACUACAAGGAUAUCUGCUUGUCCUACGCUAGCAAUGACCGUCAUGGUGCGAUCUGCGACGGGUGGAUUCAGCUCUCGGGUUUCUUGAAGCCUGUGAUAGUCUCCUUGUAUGACGACAAGAGAAAAGCUCUCUUGUACGGACCCAAGAGAGAAAAGUUAGACUUGUUCUACAAUGCAUAUGCUGACUUCGACGUCGAAGAUCCGGCUGACGAGACACAAGUGUUUUGUUUACCAAUGAUUCAACCGGACAACGAUAAUGAGGUGUAUUUCCAGUUUCUUCUUCCAAGAGGAACAAGUAAGCAUCCGCAACCAACGCAGAAGUUGUUGGGGCUAGCGAAAGAAGGACCACAAGAAAUUCAGAGGGUUGGCCUGGGAUCUGGACUUAUCAAGGAUGAGACAGCAUUUGCUAAAUGGCUUUCGCAGAGUCCUAAGCAGGAUAUUGUAAUUCGUUGA